AUGGCGGUGGGCGGGAACAAAAUGGCGGGAAGGCGGGAACAAAAUGGCGGUGGGCGGGAACAAAAUGGCGGGAAGGCGGGAACAAAAUGGCGGUGGGCGGGGACAAAAUGGCGGGAAGGCGGGGACAAAAUGGCGGUAGGCGGGAACAAAAUGGCGGUGGGCGGGAACAAAAUUGCGGGAAGGCGGGAACAAAAUGGCGGUGGGCGGGAAAAAAUGGCAGUGGGCGGGAACAAAAUGGCGGGAAGGCGGGAACAAAAUGGCGGAAGGCGGUGGGCGGGGCCGGGGCUAGAGGGCGGGACAAAAUGGCGGGCGGAAAUGGCCGGAGGGCGGGACAAGAUGGCGUCGGGACAAGAGGCGAUUGAGGCGCCGGUGCCGCUCCCGCCGCUCCCUCCGUCCUCUCCGCAGCUCGUUUGGGACGCGGGGGCGGCGCGGGCGCUGCGGGAGCGGCACCGGCUGUGGGGGACGCUGGUCGGGACCCCGCGGGGCGGGGCGGGGCCGCGGCUGCCGCUGCUGCUGCGCCCGGAGGAGGCGGCGGCGCUGCGGGAGAGCGGCGGGAGCGCGCUGCUGCAGACCCAGGAGGAGGCGAACUCGGACCCGCAGCCCCCCGGCGGCCCCACAACGCCGGCCCCGCCCCUCUCCCCCCGCGGCCGCCCCUCCCCCUCCCGGCGGCUCCGCGCAUUCCGGGCGCUGUGGGGGAGGGGCCUCCACGUCACCGGCGGCGGAAAAUUCGGGGGAGACCUCUUGGUGUAUCCCGGCCCCCCCGAGCGGUUCCACGCGGCGGCACUGCUCGUGGUGCCGCGGCGCUCGGCUCGGCUCCCACUGCCGGCCUUGGUGGCGGCCGCGCGACUCGGCGCUCACGUGCGCAAGACUCUGGCGCUCUGCGACCCCGACCCUGGCCUCGACGCCGGCCUCGCCCUCACCUCCGUCCAGUGGCGCCGCGACCUCGCCGCGUGACACCCCCCCCCGCGAGUUCAGGCCGUGGCCUCGGACACAGAGCGGGACUCCGGGGUGUCCACCAUUUUGGGCCCCAACCGCGGCCUCUGGGCGCUCCACGACCAUGACUCCAUGACUUCGCGCCUCAACCGCGACUGUGGUGAUCUCAGACACUGAUCAGGACUCGCGUCUCCACCAUCUUUGGGCGCCAACCGCCGUCUCUGGUACGUGAUCCAUGAUGUGCGUCACUUUGGGCCUCAACCGUGACCCCCACAACUGAGUGGGACCAUGGGGUGUCCACCAUGUUGGGCCUUAACCGCAAUCCUUGUCGUCUCCAUGACCUCCAUGACUUUGGGCCCCAACCGUGACCGCUGCAGCUUUGGACACGGAGCGGCUCCGUGGGGUCUCCACCAUCUUGGCCCCCAACCACCAUCUCUGGGAUCUCCAUGACUUUGGGCCCCAACCACCAUCUUUGGGAUCUCCGUGACUUCCGUGAUGGUGGACGCUGAGCAGGACUCUGGGAUCUAAGUUCAGAGUUUGGUCACAACAGGAUUUCCACCAUUUUGGGACCACAACCUUUGGGGUCUCCAUGAUAUCCGUCAGUCUUGACCCCCACAGCCUCCAUGAUGGCGGACGCUGAGCAGGACUCUGCGAUCUCCACCAUUUUGGGCCCCAAAUGCGAUCUCUGGGGGUCUCCAUGACUUUGGGCCCCAACUGUGACCUCCAUGACUUCAGACAGGACCGCAAGAUCACCACCAUCUUGGCCCCCAAUCACAAUCCAUGGGGUCACGACCUCGGACAUCGACCGUGGCCGUGGGAUCUCCGUGAUGUCAACACUCAUGUGACCCCAUGGCCUCCAUGAUGGCGGACCUUGACCAGAGCUACAGGACCUCCAUCAUCUCCUGCCGUGACCUCGACCGUGACCUCCGUGAUAUCCCGAGGCCUCCGAGACUUUAACCAUGACCUUUGGCCUUGCCAUGACCCCUGUGACCUCCAUGAUGUGGGACCUCAAUGGCCUCUCUGAUCUCAACUGUGACCCCGCAACCUCCAGCCCCACAUCCAGGUCAGGCCACGAUCCCCCCCUUCACCCCCACUCUCUGCCCCCCAAGUUGUGGGGCAGAGCCCCUCCCCUUCCGUGAUCACUCCACAGCGAUUGUUUUAUAUAAAACCCUUUAUAAACCAAAA